GCUGGAUGCGGAGGGCGCCGCCGCCGCCGCUGCAUGGGGGAAGCGCCGCCGCCGGGCCGCCUCGCCCCGCGCCCGCGCCGCUCGGCAAGAUGAUGAAGUUUCGCUUCCGCCGCCAGGGCCACGACCCGCAGCGGGAGAAGCUCAAGCAGGACAUCUUCGCCUUCAACAAGAUGGUGGAGCAUGGCUUCCCCAACCAGCCCAGCUCCUUGGCCUUUGACCCCAAGCUGCGCAUUAUGGCCAUUGGAACCAAAUCGGGAGCAGUCAAAAUAUACGGGGCUCCCGGGGUGGAGUUCACGGGGCUGCACAAAGAGACAGCGACCGUCACGCAGAUGCACUUCCUGCCAGGACAGGGUCUCCUGCUUUCCCUUCUGGAUGACAACACGCUCCACCUUUGGGAAAUUUAUCAGAAAGACCCCUACUCCCACUUGGAAGAGACCCGUAGCUUUGUCCUCCCCGGACGGCCAGGGUUCGACAACGCUAAUUCUCCUCCCAGCAUUACCCGGGUGACGGUGAUCCUCCUGGGGACAACCUGCAGCACAGCGUACCUCGGCACUGAAGGGGGCGGCAUCUACUUCCUGGGGCUUCCUGGCCUAACGCUGCUGGAGGACAGCACCCUGUACCAAGAUGAAGUCCUGCAGAGUGUGCCUGAAGAUUACCGAUGUGGGAAGGCCCUUGGGCCUGUAGAAUCUCUUCAGGAACAUCCUCGAGACUCCAUGAAAAUCCUCAUCGGGUACAGCAGAGGCCUGAUGGUUCUGUGGGACAGAAGCUCAAGAGAAGUUCAUCAUCUUUUCUUGGGCAACCAGCAACUGGAAAGUGUCAGCUGGGAGCGGAGCAGCCGGACGCUCGUCAGCUCUCACAGCGAUGGGGGCUACGCAUUGUGGUCAUUGGCAAACGGUUCUCCCAAGACUUUGCAGCCGACAACAUCCACGGUCCCUUACGGUCCAUUCCCAUGCAAGGCCAUCAACAAGAUUCUGUGGCAGACCUGUGACUCGGGGGGCCACUUCAUCAUUUUCAGCGGAGGGAUGCCCCGGGCCAGUUAUGGGGACAGGCACUGUGUGACCAUCCUGCAGGGUCAGACUUUGGUCACCCUGGACUUCACAUCGCGUGUGAUCGACUUCUUCACAGUGGGCAGCACAGAGGCAGAAGAGGAAUUCGACAACCCGGCAGCCUUGGUGGUUCUGGUGGAAGAGGAGCUGGUGGUGAUUGACCUGCAGACGCCGGGCUGGCCCACGAUUCCUGCGCCCUACCUGGCUCCCCUCCAUUCCUCGGCCAUCACCUGUUCCUACCACAUCUCCAACGUCCCCCUCAAGCUGUGGGAGAGGAUCAUCAGCGCGGGCGAACAGCAGAGCCCUUGCCUUUCCUCGGUGCCCUGGCCCAUCGACGGAGGGCAGCCCCUUGCUCAGGAACCCACACAGAGGGGGCUGCUCUUGACCGGGCACGAAGAUGGCACGGUGCGUUUCUGGGACGCUUCUGGAGUGUCCCUCAAGCCUCUGUACAAGCUGGGCACGGCCGGCAUCUUCCAGACGGACUGUGAACACAACGACAGCUUGAAUCAAUCGUAUGAGGAGUGGCCUCCUUUUCGGAAGGUUGGCUGCUUUGACCCUUACAGCGACGACCCCCGGCUGGGUGUCCAGAAGAUCACCUUGUGCAAAUACACGGCUAAGAUGGUGGUUGCUGGCACGGCAGGGCAGGUGCUGGUGAUGGAGUUCAAUGACGAGAAGUCAGAGCACACGAUCAGCGUUGCUGUGGUGGACCUGCUCCAGGACCGUGAAGGCUUCACGUGGAAGGGGCACGACCGGCUUCCCCCCAAGAACGGCGCCAUCUCCUUUGCCCCCGGCUUCCAGCCCAGCGUCCUCCUGCAGUGCCUGCCCCCUGCAGCCGUCACAGCCGUCACCCUGCACUCAGAGUGGAACCUGGUGGCCUUUGGGACCAGCCACGGCUUUGGCCUGUAUGACUAUUACCGCAGGAACCCCGUGCUGGCCAGGUGCACCUUGCACCCCAACGAUUCUCUCGCGAUGGAAGGCCCCCUCUCACGGGUUAAGUCCCUGAAAAAAUCCCUGCGUCAGUCCUUCCGCAGGAUCCGUAAGAGCCGCGUGUCGGGCAAGAAGAGAGUCACUGCCAGUAGUCCCUCAAGCAAGGUACAGGAAGCGAACGCCCACCUGGCUGAGCAGCCCGGUCCCCACGAGGUGGAGAUGGCUCCUGUUCAGCGGCGGAUUGAGCCUCGCUCGGCAGACGAUUCGCUGUCUGGGGUUGUGCGCUGUCUCUACUUUGCAGACAGCUUCCUCCGAGAUGCUGCACAUCACGGACCCACCAUGUGGGCCGGCACCAACUCUGGCUCCGUCUUUGCCUACGCCCUGGAAAUCCCUUCCCAGGAGAAGUUUUCAGAGCGCUUGGUGGAGGCGGUCUUGGGCAAGGAGAUCCAGCUCAUGCACAGAGCGCCGGUGGUGUCGAUUGCCGUCCUGGAUGGCCGAGGGAACCCUCUGCCGGAGCCGUACGAGGUCUCUCGGGACCUGGCCAAAGCCCCUGAUAUGCAGGGCAGCCACUCGGUGCUCAUUGCUUCAGAAGAGCAGUUCAAGGUGUUCACCCUCCCCAGAGUCAGCGCCAAAACCAAGUUCAAACUGACCGCCCACGAGGGUUGCCGGGUUCGGAAAGUGGGGCUGAUGAGCUUUGCCAGCGCUACGUGUGACGACUAUUCCGAGAACGGGCUGGCCUGCCUCACCAACCUGGGGGACCUCCACGUCUUCACGGUGCCCAGCCUGAGGCCGCAGGUUCACUACGACUGCAUCCGGAAGGAAGACAUCAGCGGAAUCGCCUCCUGCGUCUUCACCAAAUACGGCCAAGGCUUCUACCUGGUCUCCCCGUCAGAAUUCGAACGCUUCUCCUUGAGCACCAGGAACAUCACAGAGCCGCUGUGCGUGCUAGAGACGAGCCGCACCCACGACGCCCCUUCCCCAGGAAAGAACUUCACGGCAACGCCAAAACUAAGCCAGGCCAAUGGGACGCACGUUUUGCAAGGAUCGGGGGCGAACCAUUCCCCGGCAAGCAACGAUCGGUCUCCCGAAGACCACCAAGCAUCGUUUGCCCCAACGCCGGUUGAUUCCCCGGACAGUAGCAUUGACACCCCCUUAAAUACCACUGGAGAUAUUACAGUCGAAGAAGUGAAGGAUUUCUUGGCGCCCUCAGAGGAAGCAGAGAGGAAUCUGCGGAACAUAAAUGAGGAUGAGGCCCGAUCCCCAGGGAUCCUCAUUAAAUGAGGGAUCCUGCACCGUCCGACGCAAUGCUUGGAGCUCCAGGACCAAGACUUCUAGCUGGUUUUGCAACAACCUGUUGGUCCUACCUCUCCUCCUUCAGAUUCUUCCCUGCGUAUUUUUUUUACAAAGAGUCGUAAUCUUUUUCUAACAUGUGGCCUGGAAGCAGACGUGCGGCAUCUCUUCCUUGGUACCUCUCCAAGUUUGCAUUUUAUAUAUAUGGAAAUAUAUAUGGAAAUAUGUAUUUUCCAUAUUUAUAUAUGGAAAAGAGGAAAAAAACCCAGAAAUGUGCCAACCUCCUGCAGGACCACUUUUUGAGUGUCUGCUGUUCCAUUGCACAAAAACUUUGAAACCUUUAAGUUUUCUUUUAAAAGCAAAGCCACUGACGGCUCGUGGGAGAAUGACAAGGCUGCCCGCACCGGGGUCUCACCACUAAGAAAGCGAUCGGGAUCUUUUGGCCAAGCGUAACCUUUUGAUGGGGGAUGAGAGCUUUCGAUGGAUGGACGGACGGACGGAUUUUGCUCUGCUGCGACGCUGGACCCUUCUUUGGCCUUUCUUUUGCUGUAUGUGGGAAUGCCUACGAACGUUUGGAUUCUUCUGACCUGGCUUAAAACACCCUUUUUCCUCUUGAGCAACCUCCCUUAUCUCUGGGCUGAACUCCCUGAGAAAAUCUGUACCUGAUCCGAUGACAAAUUAAGGUUUUCCUGUUCACAGGACACUUGUGGGAACUUUGGGGCCAAGACCAGCUUUGAAGAAAUGCUUUUUUGUGAUACUGAUGGCUCCCUCCCUCCCUCCCUCCCUGAGGGAAUGGUUAAAGGUUUUCUUUUUUAUUAUUUGUUACACCAGAUUCCUAAUCAGGUGUAUUUAUCCCAGCACGAAGCAGAUUUUGUGGAUCAGGCAGCCACAGCGUUCCAAGAAAAUACUGAGUAAGAAAUACUACGAUACCUUUCUGAUAUUUUUCACUUUUCCUUCCUCCCUCUUUGUUAAGGAUGAGGAAGAAGAAAAUAUCCCAACUUUUUCCAUUCACCUGCCUGCCCAAUAGUUUGGUUUGCUCUGAAGCGAUUUCUCCUCCUUCCUAGCUGCCCGUGGGCCCGAUUUGACUUUAAGAGGUUUUGUAAAUUUGGGGUUCGUUAGUGUUGCCAAAGGAGCUCCCUCUUUCCUUUCUGAAAUUCCAAUUUCCUGGGAUUUUUUUUUUUUUUUUUUUGCAUUAGCUCGGCUUGGUCCACAGUUGAUGUAUGUCUCUGAAUCCCAGCAGAUGAUGUGGUGGUAAACAAGUUCGGCUUAUGUUUCUGUGCUUUUUCCUUGACUUUCAACCCAAGACAGGUCUCCCUGAAUCUAGGAAGCAAUGAGUUUUUGCUAAGCUCAAGACUGGAUUUGGGCCUGGCCUGGAUGCAUCGAGGAAUACAGGGUCUAAAUUGAACGCCAGCAGCCAGCUGGGUCGAGCAUUCCGAGACUUUGGCUGGCUUCUGUUGUCUCUCCAUUAUUUUGCCAACUCUUACGAGCAUCGAGGGGCACCUGAGCUGUAUGGUCAGGCAGCACCCACGGCUCACAUGGUUUCCCGCACCUCUUGCUUCCAACUAUUUAAAUCACUGCUUUGGCUGCCUUAGCUGAUUUUGGUGGGGUUGGCGUGAUCUUUGCCUGAUCUGGGAACGGCUUCGCAGCCGCAAGCGGCAAAUCCCUCUCUCUGCAGUGGCUGCUGACUCUCAGCCAUUAAAAGCUCUCUGCAUGUUGGCGGCAGAGGAGAAAGGCCUCCGUGGGGUGGUGGGGGUCCCUUGUGCCUCAAGAAAGCGGCUCCCCUUGCCGGGUUUUUUAUAAGCCACAGGCAGGCUUUCCGAGAACGAGCUGGUGCGUAGCCAUGCGGAGACCGUGACAAGGUGCAUUUCCAUUCCUGUGCACAUUGCCCAGACCUCAUCCGAGUGGGGCUUCCCUGCCUUUGGCCCGCGUGGCAGUUCCCCCACCCCAUCCUCUGCUGGCCUGCGCUGUGGACCCCUUUCUCUUGUGCUGAUGCGGGGACGGGCAGCAGGUUCUUGUGCCAAAAGGGUGAGCCUGUCGCACGCCCUCGAGCACAGCUUUCUGCCAGAAAGCAUCCUUUUUCUCACGGGCGUUUUUGUGCCAAGAAAAGUCCCCUGGAGGAGGGUUGAUAAGAUGGGGAAGGCGGAUUGGUGGGGCAAAACUCUUCAAAAAAAUUCCCCCUUCUGAUGUCCGCAAGAACUCGCCCCCCCCUGCAAGUCCCUUGGCGGAAUGUUGCGGUACGAUUCGAUUUUUGCUGUGUGUGCGCGCGAAUGCCUGGCUGUGUGGGUGGAUGAAGGCGUGCCGUUGCGAGUCUUUUUUUUGCAGUAGCCACUGAGGGGAGGGGGGUUAGCUUCCAUGUAGAAUGUACCCUUCGAAUCCCCCUUUUUUCGGUCCAGAGAAUGGAUUUAGCAUUGUUUAGUAAUUAAUGCAGGUUUUUAAUAAAGGAAAAAUAAAGCAUUUACUAUCUAAA